AUGUCAAAGUCUGAAAACGGCACGUGUGAAAAAUCGUCAGAUAGUACCAAAGAAUCAACGGCUGAAACGACAGACGCUAUCAUCAGGAAUAGCAAUGACAUAGCUGUAGUACUGGAGCCGUUGAAUCUGCAAGAACUGGCGGUUAAACAGACGGCGAAGCGCAGGCGCAAAUCGAAUAGCAAGCAAAAAGACGAGGUGAACGGUGAUGGAUCGGAGCCGCAGAAGAAGCGAAGAAAGGGGAAAGUCGCGAAAAAUAAUCAUGACGGAAAUAAGGCCGGUGGAAGUAUGCAGGAUGGUGGACCAAUGGAUGAAGACAUGGACAUGGACGACGAUUUUGAUCCCUCUUUGUUGUGUCCGGAUAUAUCGAUGGAUCGGUCAGUAAGCGAGGGUUUUAGGGUCCGAAUUCUGAACAACUGCACCGAUUGUCGUGAAAUUUUAACAGUCAAUAGGGAUAUAUGUAAGAAACAAAUAUUACUUAGUAGCGAUGUGUGCUCUUAUCCAGAAGGCUGGGGUGUGAGAUGGCCACCCUUCAUCGCCAGAGGGGUAAAAAGGAAUCAAGCGGAAUCUACACCUAACGACGGCAGUACUAGUCCAUUGCCAUAUGAACCAACCUUUUCUGAGUUGGUGGAUGAAAUAACGGGAGCAGAAGUUCAAAUUGAUUUAACGCCAGAAGAAGAGGAGAUACGACAAAAAAUAUUUAACCCAGAAAAUUCAGUGCAGUACACGAGAAUCCAUUGUACAGCGUGCAACGUGCACUUAGGCAGUGCCUUAUUCGGAGCCAACAACCGAUUCGUUCAUCCCCUGUUGAAAGUGUUGAUAUGCAAAAAUUGCUAUCACUUUUACACAAGUGGUGAGUUUGAAAAGGAUGAAGAUGGCAGCGAAUUGUAUUGUAGAUGGUGUGGACAAGGCGGUCAAGUACUGUGCUGUUCAUCUUGUGAAUUUGUUUUCUGCAAGAGGUGCAUUAGAAACAAUUUUGGCCCAAGGAAAUUUAAAGAAAUCCGGGACAGUGACGAUUGGAAUUGCUUCAGGUGUGAUUCUAAGCAACUCGGCUAUUUGAAAGCAUCGUGCGCGGAAUUCAUGAAUUAUUAUCGAACUGAAUUGAGACGAGUUCAAGUUCUAGCCGAACAGCACCCAGAAUUGAUGACCACAGAUUACACGAAAUGUUGUUCCAACGAUGAGAACAAACCGGAAGAGUCAUCGGAGAAAGCUCAACAGGCGGCCAAAACGGUUCGUCGGAAAAGAAAAGACUCCAGCGAUGAUCCUGAUUACAAACCUGUCUUGGACGAUGGAGGGGACCCUUUUACAAGGAAAUCUGUUCCUGCAGUGCUCAUACCAUCUACAGUAAACAAGCAAGUUCCAGCGCCGCUAAGGCCGCUUCUACCAAAGGGAGGUGUCGCUCCAGUGCCAACUACCGGAAUACGACAAAUACUUUUGCAAAAACCGACCGCCGGGGGUCCUCCAAGGCCAAUGUUUAAAGUUGGCAACACAACAUUUAGGGCAAAACCAGGCGUUCCUACAAGUUACACGAUACAGCGGCCAACUUUAGUGAACAACAGAACAAUAUUGAAUACAGUUCUGACCACUACUCAGAACAAACUGACCACGAACUCUACGGUAAAGCACGAAUGGUUUGAGAAAACCGUAAGGGCAUCCGCUAGGGUUAAUUCCAAUCUGUCCUACACCCUAACCCAACUUAAUCGACAACAAUCGGUGGCUACCAGUGUCGAAGCGCUAGCUGUUGUCCAUAACAAGCUCCAAGAAGUUCUAAGUACUUCGAUCAAUACUCUGAUUCAAAUUAGGAAAAAUCUACGUACUGAAUUUAUAGCAGGAAUUAAGAAUAUUAAAUUGCCCCCAAAACAACCAGUUCCAACAGCUCCGAUUUUAGUCAAGGACGAUGACGAUGUGAUAUUUGUCAAUCCAGCGGUUUCCAAAGCUCAAACUUUUCCCCCGCCACCUCCACUCAUUUCAACCAGUAGCGGCAGCUGCAACUAAGCAGAUAACUGCGAGUGUUACGCUUGAGCCUAGGCCUAGUACUUCGAAAGCGCCUGUGCCAGUGGUUGAAGCUGAUAAACCGGCCAGUCCUGUGCCAAGGGGCGGAUUUUUAAAGGUUAGGUCAUUUUCGGCUCUUCAAAACGUAACGUCCGAAUGCAUUACCAUCCCCGAUGAUCCCCUACCUAAAGAAAA